CUUUCGUAACAUAUGCAAAUAAGUUCUGUCUCCGCCACCCACGCAGGCAGACUGAAUCGGUCACAAAAACGGCCAACAAUCCGUCCCAUUGUUUGCCCAAGUGCAGAAAAUCCGUCCCCAAAAUCAGUGUGCGUGUCUACGUGGCCGAUUGAACAUGCUUCGUUUGUACGCGGCGGUGAUCCUCUUCUUUGCGGUCGUUUCCGCCCAAAUCCAAUUUCAGGCCGAUGGCGACCUCAAGGCCAAACGGGAGAAUCACCGUCCAUCGCAGCUUUCGCUGGCCGGAAUCGAAAAGCUCGCAAAUCUGUCCAAGGACAGUGACCUGAAGGAUGUGCUGAAGAAUCUGCUGGUGGAACGGGUCGUCGGAACGGCCAGCCACGAGAAGGUGCGCAAUUAUAUCGCAGAGUACAUGCGCGGCCUCGGCUGGAACGUGGAGGUCGAUGAGUUCGAGGACGAAACGCCCAUUUUUGGCCGGCUCAAGUUUGGCAACGUGAUCGCGACGUUGAAUCCGGGUGCGGAACGGUUCCUGGUGCUGGCGUGCCACUACGACAGCAAGUACUUCAAGAACCAGGUGUUUAUCGGGGCAACGGAUUCGGCGGUCCCGUGCGCCAUGAUGCUGAAUCUGGCCAGUUCGAUGAAGUCGCAGUUGGAGACGAAAAAGUCCGACAAAAGUCUCAGCUUGCAGCUGGUCUUCUUCGACGGAGAGGAAGCCUUCCAGCAGUGGGGACCAAAGGACUCCAUUUACGGAGCCCGUCAUCUGGCCGCUCGCUGGGAGUCCGAAGGCAAACUGCCCCGGAUGGACAUGCUGGUCCUGCUGGAUCUGCUCGGCGCUCCGGAUCCAAACUUUUUCAGCUACUUCAAAAACACCGAAAACUGGUACGUCCAGCUGCUCUCCGCUGAGGAACGUCUCGACCAGGCCGGCCAUCUCGAACGCUACACCUACAGCAGUGUGGCCCCGAACCAGCAAACCGUCCGCUACUUCCAACCGCACUCGUACUCUGCGUACAUCGAAGACGACCACAUCCCAUUCCUCCAGCGGAACGUCCCAAUUCUUCACAUCAUUCCGAGUCCCUUCCCCGAGGUGUGGCACAAGCUGGGCGAUGACGGCUCCGCGGUGGACAUGAACACCGUCCAGAACCUGAUUAAGGUGUUCCGCGUGUUUGUGGCCGAGUAUUUGCACCUGGACUUGUGACCCAGGCGGACGGCGGCGGUUCGUGACGACCUUUGAUGAGUGCAUUCCAGUUUGUUAACAUUUUUUGGGUGAAGGGACUACUUUUAAUGAGGUGAGUAUGCGUGAAUUUUAUUGAAAAUUACCUUUUUGUAAAUAUUUAACAUUCAAUGUUGCAUUGCAACCGCAAUAAAUUUGAAUUUAGAACAGAGUUGCAAUUGCCGAAGGCUGAUGAUAC